GUAAAUAUUGUCCCUCGCCGGCUUCCGUACUAGACUACAAUUCCGAAGCUGGACUACAUUCCCCAUGAGUGACGCGCGAGGAGCGCCGCAAAACUCUCUUCCACACACAAACGAGACUAUUAAUCACAAACAACCGGUUUCAGAGGAAGAUGAGGGUGAAGGAGAUACUCAGGACAGCGACACAGGCAUGGAGUCCUGCAGCGAAGCACCCCACGUACCUGGCCUUAGGUACAGCAGCACAGCAGCUGGACGCGUCCUUCAACACCAGCGCCGCUCUGGAGAUCUUCGAGGUAGAUUUCGCUGAUACAUCUAUGGACAUGAAGCUCAGAGGAACUCUGCCCACCUCCAACAGGUUCCACAGUCUGAUCUGGGUGGCGUUCGAUCUGGAGGUGAAGGGUUCGUCUGGGCGUCUCAUCGGAGGCAGCGAGAGCGGAAGCGUCACCGUCUUCAGCCCUGAUGUUAUUCUCAGCGCAGGAGAGGACGCCGUGAUCGGACAGUCCCUCAAACACACGGGCCCCGUGCGAGCGCUCGACUACAACCGCUUCCAGAGCAACCUGAUCGCCUCCGGAGCCAGCGAUUCAGAAAUAUACAUCUGGGACCUGAACAACUUCAGUAACCCCAUGACCCCGGGCGCAAAGUCUCAGCCGGCGGAGGACGUUAGCGUGGUGGCGUGGAACAGUCAGGUGCAGCACAUCCUUGCGUCCGCAAACCCCAGCGGGAAAGCCAUCGUCUGGGAUCUGAGGAAGAACGAGCCCAUCAUCAAAAUCAGUGACCACAGCAACCGGAUGCACUGCUCGGGGAUGUUGUGGCAUCCAGAUGUGGCCACUCAGCUGGUUCUGGCAUCGGAGGACGACAGACUUCCGGUCAUACAGAUGUGGGACCUUCGGUUCGCCACCUCGCCGCUCAAAGUCCUGGAGAGCCACACCAGAGGGAUUCUGUCCAUCUCGUGGAGUCAAGCCGAUCCAGAGCUGCUUCUGAGCAGCGGGAAAGACAACCGGAUCCUGUGCUGGAACCCAAACACCGGAGAGGUGAUUUACGAGCUGCCGACAGCCAAUCAGUGGUGUUUCGAUGUGCAGUGGUGUCCUCGUAACCCCGCCCUCCUGUCGGCCGCAUCGUUUGAUGGACGGAUCAGUGUGUACUCUGUGAUGGGAGGACGUCUUCAGCAGCAUCAGCACAGCACGGUGGACCAGAUCUCGGCUUCGUUUGACACCAGCGACCCGUUUGGAACCGGUCAGGCUCUUCCUCCUCUGCAGGUUCCUCAGCCCACAGUGGAAACCACCAUCAUCCCUCCGCUGAGGAAGCCGCCCAAGUGGGUUCGGAGGCCUGUCGGAGCGUCCUUCGCUUUCGGAGGGAAGCUGGUGACGUUCGAGAACCCUAGUGUGGCUCCGCAGCAGGAGCAGCCAAUCAGGCGACAGGUGCAGGUGAGUCAGGUGACCACAGAGACGGAGUUCCUCCAGCGUUCAGCCGAGCUGCAGGCCGCUCUACAGUCUGGAUCCUUCACCAGCUACUGCCACGACAAGAUCAGGAGCGCCCCGUCUGACGCCGAGCAGGACAUAUGGAGGUUCCUCAUGGUGAACUUCGAAGAGGAAGCGCGUGUGAAGUUUCUGCGGCUGCUGGGCUUCAGUAAAGACGAGCUGCAGAGGAAGAUCUCGGCGUGUUUGGGGAGGAAGCUUCAUCCGAACGGUUUAGACGUGAAUGAUCUGACGGAGAAGAUGCAGACACUCUCUGAUCAGAGAGAAGAGGAGUCGAGCGGAGCUGCAGACAGUUCGUCGGGUCGUGAGUCUCCGGCUGAUUUCUUCAGUCAGCUACCAAAGAAAGAGAAAGAACGAGCUCCGUUCCAGAUCCCCGUGUCCUCAGAUACGGACGGUCUAAUCAGUCAGGCUCUGCUGGUGGGGAACUUCGAGGGCGCCGUGGAUCUGUGUUUGAACGACGGCCGUUUCGCCGAGGCCAUCCUCCUGUCAAUCAGCGGAGGGGAGGAGCUACUGAAGAAGACCCAGCAACACUACCUCCACCGACAGACCAACAGCGUCUCCAUGCUGAUCUCGUCAGUGGUCACUCAGAACUGGUGUGAUAUCGUCCAGAGCUGUGAGCUGGAUAACUGGAAGGAGGCGCUAGCGGCCCUGCUGACCUAUGCUAACCCCGAGGAGUUCGCUUCUCUCUGCAAUACGCUGGGCUCUCGUCUGCAGGCUGAAGGCACAGAGAAGUGCUGUCUGCAGGCCUGUCUGUGCUUCAUCUGCUCGGGGAACAUCGAGCGUCUGGUGGAGUGCUGGACGUCGCAGAGAGACUGUUCUUCUCCGCUGGCGCUGGAGGAUCUGGUGGAGAAGGUGAUGAUCCUGCGCAAGUCAAUCGAGCGUCUGCGUAACGGUGAGGUUUGUGUUCAGAGCUCAGCGCUGACUGAGAGACUCGUCCAGUACUCCAGCAUCCUGGCAUCACAGGGCAGCCUGACCUCAGCACUCCGCUACCUGCCUGACAGCCCAGACCAGCCUGGUGUUCAGAUGUUAAGAGAGCGACUGUCCCAUGCGAAGGGUGAGAUCCUUCAGAGACCACAGCCGUCUGCACCAGCAGGAGGCGCUAAAGCACCAGCAAACACACACACUCCUGCAGCACACACACAGGGGCCUCCUCAGAUGCAGCAGAUGAUGCCCCGUCUCUUCACUCCUCAGCCACGGCCCGAUCUUUCUGCUCCUGCUGGAGCUCCACGUCCGAGCCUGAGACCCUCUGUCUACCCACAACACCCUGCCACAGCUCCGGGUUUUGCUCCGUCUCAGCUGUUUGCUCAGUCUGGUUCUCUUGGAGCUCCGGUGGGUUUCAUGUCUGGGCCCUCGAUGUCUGGGCCCUCGAUGUCUGGCCCCUCGAUGUCUGGGCCCUCGAUGUCUGGGCCCUCAGGGCCGCCCUCCUCUCCCCCGGGCCCCAUGAUGCCCGCUCCGCCCGGCCCAGGGUUCAUCUCGCCCACGUCUCUGCCAGGUGGCCCGGUGCCCUUUCCAGCGGCUCCUCCCAGCGGGGCCUAUCUCGGAGCCGGGUAUCCUCCAGGUGGCCCCGGAGCCCCAGGGGCCAAGAGCUUCAGCAGCGCUGGUGUCCCGCCUCCACCGACAGGAUAUUUCCCAUGGCUGAUGUGCCACACAGAAGAGGAAGUUCAGGACGGGUGGAAUGACCCUCCAGCUGUACGCUCAGCACACCGCAAGAAAAAGCUGCCAGAGAACUACACUCCCCCCACUCCGAUCACAGCACCGGUGAUGGGUUUCGCGGCAGAGGCUCCUGUUCCUCAGGAUCGAAUCCAGGUGCCGCCCGGAGCCCCUCAGGAGCCCAGCAAGCAGUCCUUACAGCAGCUUCCUGCCGAGCGUGUGGGGCAGAAGGAAAUCCCCGCCGAACAUAUGAUCCUCAAGACCACCUUCAGCAGCCUUGUGCAGCGCUGUCAGCUGGCCGCUGCUGACCCGCAAACAAAGCGCAAACUGGACGAUGCCUCCAAGCGUCUGGAGAGUCUGUACGACAAGCUGCGAGACCAAGCGCUGUCUCCCAGCAUCCUCGGCGGCCUGCACGAGAUCAGCCGCUGCGUCAGCGUCCGUAACUAUCAUCAGGGUCUGGAGGUUCACACGCAGGUGGUGAGCAGCAGCAACUUCAGCGAGAUCUCUGCCUUCAUGCCUGUCCUCAAGAUGCUCAUGACCAUCGCCAACAAGCUGGCCGUGUGACUCCAGCGCUCCACAGCAGAUCCGGUUUCCACUUGUGUUUUGAUCUGUCGCUGAACUGUGCUUUAAGAAUGAAUGUACCGUUAAUAUCCCACUGCUUUCUUCACAUGUGUUUGGGAUUCUCCUUUCAUUGCAGCUGGCCUUAUUCAUCCCACAACAAGCAGAAUGACUUUCUGUGCAGAAUUGCUCAUAAAACCAUUAUUGUAUAAAUUGCAAAGAAUUAAAUUCAAUGGAUUGUCUAAAACAGG